CGUGGCGAGGGGUUUCGUAUUGUGCUGGCAGUGACGCUAUAGGCUCUUCCAUCUGAUCUUCAUUAUGACAACUCUGAAAUCCAGUCUCAGAAAUAUCGUAGCAGGGUAGGAUUUGCCCUCACUAUCAACACCAAAGAAAGGCCGUAGAUGAGAUAGGGUGAGGGUAAAGUUAGUCGGCAGGGAUUAGCGCCGGUGUGCUCCAAUAUCUUUUUUUAAAGGUAGUGGCCAUUGGCAAUUACUUUUUUCAACGAAGCUUUAAUGAAGCAAUACUAAUCGUUGCCUGUAUAUGUUUUAAUAGACUGCAAACUGUAUUCAAAUCAAACGGCGAUAUAUUAAGCUGCUUGUUAGCCUCCUGUUUUUUUACGCAAAUAAGAAUUUGUAUUUGCCUUUAGAUUUUGGGUGGGAAUCAGAAAUCUCACAACAAGGAGCAUAAUUACCUUUUAAAAGACACAAGAAAAAGACGAAAAACAUGUUUGACGGAACAGCAGUCCCAUUCAUUGUCCUUGAUAUAGUCUGCGUUGUCCUAGCUGGCUUGCCGCUUGCUGUUUUUAACCUGGCCAAAAUAAAGCCGUAUCAGAAUGGCUUUUUCUGUAACGAUGACAGCAUCAGAUAUCCGUUCCAUAACAGUACCAUCACCUCCACUGUCUUGUACACAGUGGGGUUCACACUGCCCAUUUGCUCUAUGAUCAUAGGGGAGUGCCUUUCAGUCCAUUAUAAACGCUUACAGUCAAACUCCUCGGUCAGAAAUAAUUAUGUGGCCUGCCUUUACAAGGCCAUUGGAACUUUUCUGUUUGGCGCUGCCAUGAGCCAGUCUCUGACUGACAUCGGCAAGUAUUCUAUCGGGCGGCUACGACCUCACUUCCUGGAUGUGUGCAAGCUGAAUUGGACGGAAAUCAACUGCCAAGCGGGCUACAUAGAGAAUUUCACGUGCACAGGGAAAACGUGGAUCGUCAACGAAGCAAGGCUCUCCUUCUACUCGGGACAUUCCUCCUUCUCAAUGUACUGCAUGGUGUUCCUAGCACUUUAUGUUCAAGCAAGACUUGUGGAAGACUGGGCUAGACUACUGCGUCCCACAAUCCAGUUCUUCCUGGUUGCGGCAUCCAUCUACGUCGGCCUUUCUCGGGUUUCUGACUACAAGCACCACUGGAGUGAUGUGCUGACCGGACUGAUCCAGGGAGCGAUUGUUGCAACACUGAUUGUGGUUUUUGUAUCUGACUUCUUCAAGACACGCGUUACUGCCUUCCCCCAAAAAGAGGAGGACAUUACCCACACAACUUUACAAGAAACUCCCACAAAUGGAAAUCACUACGGUAGUACUCACUAGGCAAGAAAUGACUGAUGUGGACACCCUGUGAAUGUAACCCUGCUUCUUGUUUUUCUAAGAAGGUUUGUCUCGAGCCCAGAGAAUGAAUGGUCUGAUUUAUGACUGUUUGAUUACCUAUGUAAAAUACUGCCUUGGCAGGACUGCUGCUGCUGCUAUGUGACUUCCAAGCCCACUGUGUAUAUAGUAUAUCUCCAUGUAUCUCACAAUACCGAUAUUAUGUACAUGUACUAGCAAUGACACUUGUAUAUCCUUUUAUAUCUAAUCAUUAUGAAAAGUGUUCCAAACAAUAUUCAAAAUGCAUUUUUUUUUGUUUAUUAAAAAUUGUGGUAAAAGCUUUUUAUGUACAAAUGUCUGUUUGAGCUUUGUGCUUCUUAACUGAAAAAAAAAUAAAAUAAACUAGUUCUGAACUAAC